AUGAAGGGAUUAUUUUGUUCAAAGGCGGCGAAAGACUACGUGAUUACGCAAGGAACGCGAGAGGAGGGGCUUCAUGGUGACUCCUCCCUCGGGGCUAAGGCGAGACAGGGAGAGGGCCUUGGGCCCGUGCGCGCGCGCGUGCUCGUUCAAGUAGCUCGGCGGCGAGUGCGCGCGCGGAGGGGAGGCGAGCUGGCUGGGAGGAGGCGGGCAGGCUGGUGGGCCGGGCGGGCGGCGAGCUGCGGGCAGCCGGGAGCGCGCGGUGGACUCGGCGGCGGCGAGUAUUGUCCGCGUCCUCUCGCUUCCCUUCUCCUCUCGCGCCGGCUUGUGGGACCAGGGUCGUUGCGGGGUGAGGGCGAUGACCUGGGGGAAUACGGGCGGGGCGGCGCGGGGUCCGGGUGGCGCCUCCGCGGGGGUUCUGGCGGCCAGAGCGUCCGGCCGGGCGCAGGCUCUCUGGCCGCGGCCACCCCCGCGCCCCGCCGACCUCGGGGCCCGCGGCGCCGCGCGCCCCCUCGCGCCCCGGCCGCCUCCGCCCCCUCUUUCGGUGGCGGCGGAGGCGGCAGCCCCAGUAGCUCGGCGCCCCCCAGAGGAGGGAAAGUUGGGACCUGGCUGCGAGAGACGCCCCCGGGCGCGGCUGGAAGGCUGCUGGGGAAAGUGGAGCCUAGAGUAGUGAACGCUGUGAGGCUGGGGCAGGAAGGACUCCCCUUGCUCCUGCUAAGUGUGCGGGACAGCCACCUCCAAACCGGGGAGGAUCUGGAGCAGCCUGGCCAGCAGCGCCAGGACGAAACCCUUCGGCUCUUUGCUCACUUCGCUCUGAGGUAUCUGCCUAAACUGGAACCUUUGCUGUAGACAUUUCUUUGUGGAUUUAUCUGAAAAACUAAGG